AAAAAAAAUACCAGAAUUUGACCAAAUAGAAUCAGACCAAGAAAGAAAUGAAAAGUUAAUGGAUUUUUAUUUAUCGACUAGCAUCGACGCUAUUGAUAGAUCACAUAUAUAUCAUUUUCUUAGAGCAUGUAUAUUUCAAAGUAGUUUUUCUUCCCCAGUUGAGGAUAAAUUAAUUCAAGGGUGUAAGGUUUUAGAUAUUGGGUGUGGGGCUGCUACGUGGUUAUUAGAAUUAUCAACCAAAUAUAAAAAUUCUUAUUUUUAUGGAGUUGAUAUUAAACCAAUAUAUCCACAAGAGAUAAAACCAUAUAAUCUUGAAUUCAUCAAAGCCGAUGUAACAGAUCGAUUAUCAUUUAAUGAUGACGAAUUUGAUUUUACACAUGUAGAAUUUAUGAGCUUUGUUUUUACAUCAAACCAAUGGGAUUUCGUUCUUUCUGAGCUCGUGAGAGUAACGAAACCAGGUGGAUAUAUUGAAGUAGCUGGUAGACGUAAUGGUUAUGUUGGCGAAGGUCCAAUUUUUCGUAAAUUAACGGAUGCAAUUUGGUUAAUGUAUUCAAAACAAGGUAUUGAUGUUAAAUUGAUGUAUAAUCUAGAUUCAAAAUUUGAAUUACAACCAAAUAUAGGAAAAGUUCAUCGAAUUGAAAAAGAUUUUAUUACGGGACCAAAUGGAGGUAAAAUUGGUUUAGUUUGGCAAGAUAUGUCUAUUGCUUAUUUUAAAUCAAAAUUGGCAAUUCAAGUUAUAAGUAAAGAAUUGGGAAUUUCUGAAGAAGAAUUCAAUAAUAUGGUGAAAAAUUUAACUGAAGAAUUUAAACAAACUAGAGCUGAGUGUGUUCAUGUUAGAUUUUGGGCUCAAAAACAAUUAUCGGAAUAAUAGUCACGAAUAAAUUUUUUUGUAUUAAUAUUUAAUUUAGAAAUUUAUCUAUACCAUAGUUUUUA